AUGGGUCCCGAUGGGAAAGUCAUCAUGGAGAACUCCAAGGAGAGGCAGCUGGACUCUGUAUUCACGGCCAAAGCGACAGGAGAAUACAGUUUUUGCUUCAAUAAUGAGAUGAGUACGUUCGCUGAGAAAAUGGUGGACUUCGAAAUUGCCGUUGAAAACGAAACUCCCUCCGCCCUCCUACCCUCAAAACGAGGCACUUCCCCUGAACAAACCUCCGCUCUCGAGGAGUCCAUCAUGAAAGUCUCGCGCGAUCUCUCCACCAUCAACCGCAACCAGAAAUACUUCCGGACUCGUGAGAACCGCAACUUUAGCACCGUCAAGAGCACAGAGAGCAGGAUAUUUAAUUUCAGCGUGGUGGAAAGCGGGUUGAUGGUUUGCAUGGCUGGGCUGCAGGUUUUCAUUGUGAGGUUCUUCUUUCAGGGGGCCAGGAAAGGUAUGUCGAGAGAUUCCAAUUCAUAUGAAGCCCAAGGUGCUGACAAAUAUGUAGGCUAUGUAUGA